UCUGGAUGAGAGUGACCGACACAUCCUGGUUGGACCAUGAGGAGAGUGCAGGGAACAUCUGGGUCCAGGAUUUUAGGUGCUUUACCUCAAAAGCGUUUUUGUGUGACUGCAGCAGGGACUGUGGUACAUGCAAACCUAGACGGAGGUAAAGGAGCUCUAAAAGCAGUCAGAAAAGGGGGUGUGGAUGGCAGGGUGAAACGCUUUGAGGAGAUCCCUCACACGGGGAGGAAUGGUUGGAUCAACCUGCUGAGGUUCUGGAGAGAAAAUCGUUUCCAGCAGCUCCACAAGCACAUGGAGAGGACCUUCAACGCCCUCGGCCCCAUCUACAGGGAGAAGGUGGGCACUAUUAGCAGCGUGAACAUCUUGCUGCCAUCUGACAUUAGUGAGCUGUUUCAGUCGGAGGGGCUGCACCCUCGACGUAUGACCCUGCAGCCGUGGGCCACACACCGAGAGAUACGCAACCACAGCAAGGGAGUUUUCCUCAAAAAUGGAGAGGAAUGGAGAUCUGACCGCCUUCAGCUCAACAAGGAGGUGAUGCUAAGUGCAGCUGUGAGGCGCUUUCUCCCCCUCCUCGAGGAGGUGGCAAAGGACUUCAGUGGAAUGCUGCAGGCAAGGGUGGAGAGGGAAGGGAGAGGAGAGGAGGGCAGGCGGAGCCUCACGAUCGAUCCAAGCCCUGACCUUUUCCGCUUCGCACUGGAAGCCAGCUGCCAUGUGAUCUAUGGGGAGCGUAUCGGCCUCUUCUCCUCCUCUCCAUCCCUGGAAUCUCAAAAGUUCAUCUGGGCAGUGGAGCGAAUGCUGACAACUACACCUCCUCUCCUGUAUCUCCCCCCUCGUCUGCUGCUCCGCAUUGGUGCUUCCCUGUGGACCCAGCACGCCACUGCUUGGGACCACAUCUUCAGUCAUGCUGAGGCCAGGAUCCAGAAGGCUUACCAGCGUCUCUCAUCCUCUAAGGGUCCUCACUCUGUGGCUGGGACAGCUGGGGGCCAGUAUACUGGGGUUCUGGGGCAGCUUAUAGAGAAAGGGCAGCUAUCUUUGGACCUAAUCAAAGCCAACAUCACCGAGUUGAUGGCUGGAGGGGUUGACACGACCGCCGUUCCUCUGCAAUUUGCUCUAUUUGAGCUGGGACGCAACCCUGAGGUGCAGGAGAGGGUGAGGCAGCAAGUGAGGACAUCAUGCUCACAGGCAGGCGGUGAUCCUCAGAAAGCCCUGCAGGGGGCACCACUGCUGAAAGCCACAAUCAAAGAGGUUCUCAGGUUGUAUCCGGUGGGGAUCACAGUGCAGCGGUAUCCAGUCAGAGAUAUUAUUCUCCAGAAUUACCACAUACCUGCAGGGACAAUGGUCCAGGCCUGUCUAUAUCCGAUGGGAAGAAGCUCACAAGUGUUCGAGGAUCCCCUGCGCUUUGACCCUGGGCGCUGGUGCGGCAGCAACAAGGACGAUGGCCGGAGAGGAGAGGGUCAAGGGUUUCGCUCUCUGGCCUUCGGAUUUGGCGCGAGGCAGUGUGUUGGGAGGAGGAUUGCUGAAAACGAGAUGCAGCUCUUGCUAAUGCAUAUCCUGCUAAACUUCCAUCUCAGUGUGCCGUCCUCAGAAGACAUCAAAACCAACGUUACUCUGAUCCUGCAGCCCGAAACCCCUCCUAGGAUCACUUUCACCAAGCUCUGACACACAGGAAAAGAAACUUUUAUCCUCUAUCCAGCGUCUUGCUCACGCUUUUUAGCUCAGUUGAACUUCUGGUUUUAAUCUGAACUGGGGGCUCAGAUCUAUCCAUAUGCUUUGUAUUCAGCCACAAUGGAGACAAAUAAAGGAUUAUUUCCCUACUAUGAUAUGUUCUGAGAUUGAACUACUGUAACAUCUGUCCAAAAGAUGGCGCUAAAAUUCACCACUGACACACCCCAUUAAUAUUUAUCACUCCUCUUCCUUUUUACAUUUCAGUCUCUUGACCUGCUCCUUGGGGCGUCCAACAGGUUGGUUAUUUGUAUGCUCUUAAGAUUUAACAAUGCCAUGAAUUUCUUGUAAUGGUUGGUCUAUAAUGUGGAUUGUUUGCUCUGUUCAAAUGAUCGAUCUAUGGCUCAGAGAUAUCUUAACCAGUCUAUUUUUGAUUUUUUAGUAAUAUUUUCCACCUAAAACUUUGUUAAAGUCAAAUAGGGUAUUUUUUUAUGUCUUCCAGAGUCACAUUUUCACAUUAAAUCUAAAACGACUCUUUAAAUGUGAAACUUAGAUUUCAAAUGUAAAAGUGACCUUUGCUCCUUUUUGACAUUGUGCAGGUUUUCUGUCUCAUGGAGAGGUGUGUGCUUCAGCUGCAGGUUAGGCUUCUAGUUUAGGAGCAAAGGUCUGUUUGAGAUAAAGAUUUACACGUUGCAUCAUGGUGAGACGGUGCGUGAUCAUGCAUGGAUACCAAUGUGUAGAGUGUGUG